CAUUUCUCUCUUCUCUUCUCCUCUCCUUAUCUCUCAUUUUCUUCUUCAUUCAUCUUUUUCUGUGUUCUUAUCAGAAAAAUAAUGUAAAGAAUCUCAACCUGAAAAAAAUGUCAAACAAGAGACUUAAUAUUGAAGAUCUCUGCUUCUCUGCUUGUGGAUUUAAACCUUACCCAAAAAGGUAAUCCAAGAUCUCAUUUCUGGUUUUGAAAAAAAAGAAGUUUUUUUUUUUUUUUUCUUUCUUCAGUAGACAAUGUAAAUCAGGUUAUACUUAAUGGAAUUGAUUGUUAAAGUACAGUAUUUCCCUCCUGUUUUUGGAGGAUUUCAGAAAACAUCAGUGUUUCAGGAUAUGGGUUUUGUUUAUAUUUAGGAUAUAUUAUUAGAAAGAUUGAUUUUUUUUAGGGAUUUAGAAAUAAGAGACACCCCAAAAUGAUGAUUUGGGGGUUUUUAGAUUUAGGGUUUGAAAAUAAAUCUGGUUUAAUUUCUUUGAUUCCAGAAGGUCUUUCUGGAACUGGGUUAGGCUUGGAAUUUCCUUUCAUCUAGGUUUUUCUUUGUUUUUUUUGUUCUUCAUCUGAUUAAGCAGAUUAAAAAUCACUUCUUGAAAAAAAUAAUUUGUUUGAUCUUUGUAUGUAAUUUUGUUGAUUGAUUGAUAAUGGUAUGAUGGAUCUAGGGUUUUGGUAAAAGGUUUUAUUGAUUUUUGUUGAUUGUUGUUUUGGUGGGACUGUUUAAUCCCACCAUUACUAGCAAGAAAAAACUCUGGUUCAAAGGAAAAUGACUGAAGCUCUUUUAAGAAGAACAUUGAUAAUGGAAAAUCACCAGCCAUCAACACUAUUAUCUAUGGAUUCACGUGUCGGUUCACACGAAGAAUUAGAUAGAGAGAUGAAUCGGCAGAUCAUUCUUUCACGGCCGCCUGAUAUUAAUCUGCCGUUGUCUGCUGAACCAAGCCCACCACCACCACAACUAUGGAAUCCUGAUAAUGAUAUCGUCUUAGAUGUUCAUCUAGGACCUCAAGCUUAUGAAACAGAAGCGUUACUCCAUUUACCGAAAGUUGUGCGGAAAUGUGCAAAGAGGGUUGAUAGCAUCUGGGGAGCUUGGUUUUUCUUUAAUUUCUAUUUCAAGCCUGUUUUGAAUGAGAAGUCCAAGGGGAAGAUUAGUAGAGAUGUGAAUGGUAUUUGUGGGUUUGAUAAAACGGAUCUCCAGCUCGACGUGUUCUUGGUUCAGCAUGAUAUGGAGAAUAUGUAUAUGUGGGUCUUCAAGGAAAGACCUGAGAAUGCGUUGGGGAAGAUGCAGCUGCGGAGUUACAUGAAUGGGCACUCUCGUCAAGGAGAGCGUCCGUUUCCGUUCAGUGUGGACAAGGGUUUUGUUCGAUCUCACAGAAUGCAGCGGAAACACUACAGGGGACUUUCUAAUCCACAGUGUGUUCAUGGAAUCGAGAUUGUGCGUUCGCCCAAUCUUAACUGUCUGAAUGAUGAAGAAAGGAAAAGAUGGAUGGAGCUCACUGGGCGUGAUAUGAACUUCUUGAUUCCUCACGAAGCCAGUGAUUUUGGGUCUUGGAGGAACCUUCCGAACACUGAUUUUGAGCUUGAGAGGCCUCCUGCGUCUAAGGCAGCUGCUGGUCAUCCUAAUCAGAGGAGAUUGCUUAAUGGGUCUGGUUUGAAUUUGGCAACGUCACCACCAAACCAGGCUAAUGGAGAUGCGAUGGAUCUUUCGCCAGUUAGUAACAAGCGGAGGAAGGAUUUCUUCCCUCAUGGAAGUGAUGACGACAAUUUGUCAAAUAAUGCUCCUGCUGAUCGUGUGCAAGUUAUGGAGAUCCACCCUGUUGAACCUACCUGGUUGAAUGGAUUUAAUGCGACGCAGAGGAAUAACACCCAUGGACCUGUUGCUGCAAAAACUAUAUAUGAGGAUGAAGAAGGUUAUUUGAUUGUUGUUAGCUUGCCUUUUACGGAUUUACAAAAGGUAAAAGUCUCAUGGAGGAACACUCUUACUUGUGGCAUCGUCAAGAUAUCAUGUGUUAGCACUGCAAGAAUGCCAUUUAUCAAACGGAACGACAGGACAUUCAAACUUGCAGAUCCAUCACCAGAGCACUGUCCACCAGGCGAAUUUGUUAGGGAAAUCCAGCUGGCAACACGAAUUCCAGAAGAUGCAAAGCUUGAGGCUUACUUUGAUGAGUCUGGAACGGUGCUGGAGAUCAUGGUGCCUAAACAUCGCGUUGGACCAGAAGAACAUGAGGUUCGUGUUUGUCUUCGACCUCAUCUUGGUACCAAUGACCUUCUAUUAACUUAAUAGAAUUAUUAUUUAAAUUUUAAGAACUGUAAGGCAGGAAGGGAUGAUCAAAAAUGGUUUGUAUUUUCAUUCUUUGCUAAAUUCAUACCAUAAAGUCGAUUAUUAAAUGGAAAUUUCAUCCUUUCAAUAUGUGUUCAUUGUCGUGCAUCUGUUCUUAUCUGUAUGGUAAUAUCUACAUGUUUGAAUUUGUCA